AUGUCUGCUUCUGCCUUCUUUAUGCAGAUGUGCAGAGCAGAACAUCAGGAAAACCCAGAGGUGCUGGUCAAUUUCACAGAAAUUUCCAAGAAGUGGGCUGAGAGGCGGAAGACAAUAAUUCUGCCCCAAGGACAAAUCCACCACCCCGGCAUCUCUAUCGGAGAUGUGGCAAAAAAGCUGAGUGCGAUGGGGAAUAACUUGAGUGACAGUGCAAGGCAGGCUGACAUCACUAAGGCAGAGAACCGAAGAAUCAUAAGAAGAGUGUUGCUGACUCUCAGUCUAAAAGAAGUUCUCACAGCUCCUCAGUGUGUCCUCACAGCCACCCUCAAAAUCCCUUGGAUGGGGUCACCCAAGAAGACACGUGGCCACAGCAAAGGAGGCAGCAAAGCCCAGCCCUGCCAUGGAUGUGCAGUUCCCGGUGCCCAUCCCACGCAAGCCGUGAAGAGGCCCCAGCAGGCCGAGCUGGUGGACGACGAUGCCAUGUCACAGAUCCGCAAAGGCCAUGAUACCAUGUGUGUGGUGCUCACCAGCCGCCACAAGAACCUGGACACUGUGCGGGCUGUGUGGACCACGAGCGACAUCAAGACGUCAGUGGACUCUGCUGUGGCCAUCAACGACCUGUCAGUGGUAGUGGACCUCCUGAACAUCGUCAACCAGAAAGCCUCCCUAUGGAAGCUGGACCUGUGCACCACGGUCCUGCCACAGAUCGAGAAGCUUCUGCAGAGCAAGUAUGAGAGCUACGUCCAGACGGGCUGCACCUCCCUGAAGCUGAUCCUGCAGCGGUUUCUGCCCCUCAUCACGGACAGGCUGGCGGCCCCGCCCUCCGUGGGUGUGGAUAUCAGCAGGGAGGAGAGGCUGCACAAGUGCCGGCUCUGCCACAAGCAGCUCAAGAGCAUCAGCGGCCUGGUCAAGAGCAAGUCGGGCCUGAGUGGCCACCACGGCAGCACCUUCCGCGAGCUGCACCUGCUCAUGGCCAGUCUGGACUGAGGAGUGGUGGGCGGGGCGCCCGGCAGCCCACAGGGCCUGGCCUCAGCCCCCACUCCUGUUCCUUCUGCGCCCACCGGCCCGUGAGCCCCUGCCUGGCCCCUGCUGCUGCCCUGUGGCCGUCCUGGAGGUGGUGACGCUGGUCCCUGGCCACCUCUACAGCCCCAAACUCUGAGACAACUCUCUCCAGCAGCAGCUGCCCAGCUUGGCCCAACUGUUGCUUCUUGGGGCAGUGAACUGAGCUCUGGGGCUGCUGCUGUAAUUUAUAAGGCAAAUUUUAUUAAAUUUGUAGCUAUUCCCAG